AGUGUCACAGCACAGCUCCUGUCCUCUCCCAGGUUCCUGCCUGAAUACCAGUUUGGGAGCCCCUCACUGCCUACUGCCACCCCCACUCCCAGCCCCUAUCACCAUGCACUCCUUGGACGAGCCGCUCGACCUGAAGCUGAGUAUCACCAAGCUCCGGGCGGCGAGAGAGAAGCGAGAGAGAACACUGAGUGCAGUCCGGCACCGAGCGCUGCACAGGGAGCUUGGCCUGGUGGAUGACAGCCCCACUCCGGGCUCCCCAGGCUCCCCGCCCUCAGGCUUCCUGCUGAACCCCAAGUUCCCUGAGAAGGUAGAGGCACGCUUUUCAGCAGCCCCUCUGGUGGACCUCAGCUUGUCGCCGCCAUCUGGGCUGGACUCCCCCAAUGGUAGCAGCUCGCUGUCCCCUGAGCGCCAGGGAAACGGGGACCUGCCUGCAGUGCCUGCCGGCCCGGACCUCCAGCCGCUUCGCUACCUGGAUGGCGUCCCCAGUUCCUUCCAGUUUUUCCUGCCUCUGGGCUCUGGGGGUGCCCUGCACCUGCCUGCUUCCUCCUUCCUCACUCCCCCCAAGGACAAGUGCCUCUCGCCAGAGCUACCCCUGCCCAAGCAGCUGGUGUGUCGCUGGGCCAAGUGUAACCAGCCCUUCGAGCUCCUGCAAGACCUGGUGGAUCACGUCAACGACUACCAUGUCAAGCCCGAGAAGGAUGCGGGAUACUGCUGCCACUGGGAGGGCUGCGCCCGCCACGGCCGCGGCUUCAAUGCCAGGUACAAGAUGCUCAUUCACAUCCGCACGCACACCAACGAGAAGCCGCACCGCUGCCCCACCUGCAGCAAGAGCUUCUCCCGCCUGGAGAACCUGAAGAUCCACAACCGGUCGCAUACAGGCGAGAAGCCCUACGUGUGCCCCUACGAGGGCUGCAACAAGCGCUACUCUAACUCCAGCGACCGCUUCAAGCACACGCGCACCCACUACGUGGACAAGCCCUACUACUGCAAGAUGCCCGGCUGCCACAAGCGCUACACGGACCCCAGCUCGCUGCGCAAGCACAUCAAGGCCCACGGCCACUUCGUGUCGCACGAGCAGCAAGAGCUCCUGCAGCUUCGCCCGCCCCCCAAACCGCCGCUGCCCGCCCCCGACGGCAGUCCCUAUGUCAGCGGGGCCCAGAUCAUCAUCCCCAACCCUGCUGCCCUCUUCGGAGGCCCUGGCCUGCCCGGCCUGCCGCUGCCCCUGGCCCCUGGCCCCCUUGACCUCAGCGCCCUGGCCUGUGGCAACGGUGGGGGCGGUGGGGGUGGGGGGGGCAUGGGCCCUGGGCUGCCCAGCCCUGUCCUGCCCCUCAAUCUGGCCAAGAACCCGCUGCUGCCCUCGCCCUUUGCUGGCGGACUGGGCCUGCCCGUGGUCUCCCUCCUGGCUGGCUCCGCUGGCGGCAAGGCUGAGGGGGAGAAGGGGCGUGGGGCGGUGCCGGUCAGAGCCCUGGGCAUGGAGGGACACAAGACCCCCCUGGAGAGGACUGAGAGCGGCCGCUCCCGGCCAAGUCCCGACGGACUCCCCCUGUUGCCAGGCACCGUGCUGGACCUGUCCACGGGUGUCAACUCGGCGGCCAGCAGCCCAGAGGCGCUCGCUCCAGGCUGGGUGGUUAUCCCACCGGGCUCCGUGCUGCUCAAACCAGCCGUGGUGAACUGAACCCAUCCCAGUGGACAGCUACCACUUGCAGCCCAGCCAGCGGCUCCCAGCUCUACCCCCACAACCCCUGACGAACGGAAACUCUUCUGCGAAAUAGCAAUAAUACCCUCCUGCCCUGGGGCCCGGUUGGCUGUGUCCCCUGGGCAGACACAGCCCCCGACAAGCUGGGCAGCUAGGAUGGUGCUAUGUCACUGCUUGUGUCCCGGGGGAAUGGGGCCUGCCGGCCAGGGAGAGCUCUGCUCCUGGGUGCUGAGGUCGCUCACCUCUGGCCCUCCCCACCCUGCCCUCCACUUAUCCCUAGGUCCCACUGGUCCCCUACUCUGGUGCUUCCCUCAUCCAGUGGCCAACUGGGCAAGUCACCCUCCCUCCCUGCCUUGCCUACCUGCCAGCCACAUCCCAGCAGUCAGGGUGGCACCUGCCUUCCCUGCUAACGUGGGCUCCCUCCCGUCCCUUCAGUGGUGAGCUGUAAGGAGCCCCCAGAUCAAGGCUCUACCCCACACUGCCUAGCCUCACCAGGCCCCUGCUCUGGGGGCUCCUGACCCCUUUCCCUCUGGUCCACCCUCCAGAGGGAAAGCAAGACAGACGCAGGCCCUGGCAAAGCCACAGGAAGAAGCCACCGUACCCCUAUGACAAGGAGCCUCCCUGCUACUAGAGGGAGGCCCGCUCUGCCAGCUGCCCCACUGCUGGCCAGCUGAAGCAGCUAGCACACUGCCUGAGGGUCGGCCCCUUCUCUGGGUUGGCCGACACUCAAAGUAAUGGGCUAGCUGACCACUUAUUUGCCGCUUCUCUGCUGGGCCUCCUCCCUCUGCUUUUGGGGAGCCCUGGGAGUGUGGGGAGUGGAGCCUUGAGCGGCAAGAGGUGGUGCCUGGACCCAGGGCCCGCCCAGCUCAGGGAACAGGUGGGGCUGGGCCUAGCCUGGGGCAGUGCCAUCCUGCACAAGUGGCUACAGGGCGUCAGGACGGGAGGCUGGCUGGGGACCACCCCAGGCUGGGAUAUGGCUCCUGUUCUAGGGGUGCCAAGUCACAACCAGCUCCAGGCUGGUGCUGGGCAGGGGAGCUUUCUGGAGGCCAUGGACUGAAGCCUGGAGCAGGGGAGAGCAGCCAAGGAUGGUCACAGGAAGACCUAGCCCCUCCGCCUGGGAAGGGGAAGUCAGAGGCAAGAGCCUGGACUUGCAACGUGGCUUUUCUGACUGAGACUGUCCUAGGUGUCUCUCCUUUGCUCCCACCCUGCCUGCUCCCCCAGUGCAGGGGGCCAGAAUGAGCUAAGGAUGCUGGUGUUCCUGACCCACAGUCCAUCCACUGUCCAGUCCCAGGGAGCUGGGCUCUCCCAGAGGCCCUGGAGAGGCAGUAUGUACCCCAACCCUGAGCCCUUGCUGCUCCCUCCCCGGAGGUGGCCUGGUGCGUCCUGGGAGGUGUGGGCCUGGCCGUAGGGAGCUCUGGCUCGUAGGCCUGCCCUGUGCUUGGCUGCAGUAACCAAGCCCUCUGUUUCCCCAUCUGCAGAACAAGGGAGCUGCCAGACAGCAGUGGGGUCCCUGGCAGCCUUGCGGUUCCAGGGUCCCCUCCAUUCCUCUGAGCAGCUCUGCUGACCCUACCCUUUCCUGGACCGCCCUUCUGUCCCAGAGGGGUCACCCUGACCCGGCCCACUGUCAGGGCCUGGCAGUGCUGGCUCUGCCCUUCGAAGGGGCUGUGAAAAAAGCUGGAGGGAGCUGGUCUCCUUCCUUCACACCCCACCCAGGACCCAGGCACCCCCACCCCAACUAAGGGCCUCAGGCCUUAAGUCCCCGUUGGGGUGAGGGGUUUGAGACUCGAGCCCAGGGAGCAGAGGAACAGGGCACUGGAAAGUGACAUUAGCUCAGCAUGUGACUCGGUGAUAGACCAGGCUCAAAGGGGCCGGUGUAUGUGUUGUUGUCAGUUUGUUGUUGCACAUUCCAGGAUAUCAGUAUUUUAACAGGUUCUAAGUGCCUUUCUAUCGUAGCUUAUGUUUUUCCUCCUCUUGGCUCCAUUGCUGUUAGCAUAGAGUUUAAAAAAAAAGAGAGAUAAGCUAAUGACUAUAACAAUAUAUUCCUCCAUGUGAGAGGAAGUUUAUAAAGAAACAAUAAAAGUGAGUUACAAACAUG